GAGAGCGCACUGAGGCAGCAAGGAAAAGCGAGGCAAGCCGGAUUGCUAUCUCCGUGACAGCUUUUCUGCCUGGCAAGCUGCACGUGGAGCAGGGGAACUGGACUGGACUGUGGUGUUUCGUGGAGGUGGUGGGAGAGGAGGUGGAGGCAAGAGACAGAGACGAGCUGGACAGAUGGAGGACGGCACCCAGCAACUGGGACACUGCGUGGUUGACAUGAAGGAGCUGAGCGCCAACCCUGAAGGACUGACCGCUGCCGGUGUGAUGCUAACACCCAAGCUGCCUAAGAUGGAAUUCAGCCUCACCUGUAAGGAUCUGGUGACCUCAGGCAGAGACAGAAAGCCCAAUGCUUUGGUCCAGGUGGCUGUCGUAGAUCCCCACAAGCAGCACCUUGUCACUCAGACCUGCACAGAGAUAGUGGAGGCGAACAAAGACCCGCUGUUUCUGACGGGGGUGACCUUCCCUUCAGAGUAUCCUGCCAGCCCGGAGACACUAGUCAAGCUGACUGUGUAUGAUGCAAAGGACAAGAGCCAGGAAUCUAGCAACUUCUUGGGUAGUGCCACGUUUUCAGUCAGUGAUCUGCUGAGGGCCAAAGAUGAACGACUGACCUUGAGUCUCAGGUCAUCUGAUGGUGUGUGCACAGCGGGAACAGUGGUGGUGAGUCGUCUGAAGAUGGGAGAGAUGGAGGAGGUUGACGUAGACCACAUCACCACCGACAUACAAUCACAGAAAUGUCCCAUGGUCUGUGAGUCUGCAUCCCACCAUGCAACCAUCGACAGAGAAAAUAACCCAUUGACAGGGCCAGUGUUCAAGAACCCAGUAUGCAAGGUGUACAGAUUUCAAACAGUGGACAGCAAGUGGAUGCUGGUGCGGGAACAAAUGGAGGAGUGCACGUUAUCCUUUAGCAUCCCCAAGCAGCUGCUCUCGCUGUACAUUCAGGAGGACAUGAGAAGGCUGCAGGACCUGAGGGAACUGGGGGAGCUUUCUCCUCACUGGGACAAUUUAAGAAAAGAGGUGAUGACACGAUAUGGAGGAAUCAUCAGCUCCUACCAGGAGACUUUGGCUGAACUGGACAAGAUUACAGGUCGUUCAUUUAAGCCAAGCUGCUGCAAAGCCCAGAAAUCUCUCGAGUUCAUCCCUAUCAACCUACACACCCAAAGGAUGAGGGUGACAUGUCCAAGAAAAACAGAUGCAUUAUAUGACAUCAUCACUGUCGGUGCCCCUGCAGCCCACUACCAGGGCUUCAAGUGUGGAGGUUUGCAACGCCUCCUCAGCAGAUAUGAGGCCGACAAAAAGAGCUUCAGCACUGCCUACCAGUGCAUCUACUACUCUCCAGAGCACACAGCCAAAGCUCAGGAGGUCCUCAGCACCAUGAGCCUCCUCCAGCCCCACAUCAGCAGCUUAGCGGACCAGCUCCUCAAGGCGUCACAGGAGCACUCUUCUUCUGGACUGAGGGACUCACUCAAGAACCUGUCUGAUAAGACAGAGCAAUUUGUUCACACACUUAAGGAUGAAUUGGUCAAGAGUGCUCUGCUAGCGCUGCAUGCGGCACGGCCCGGGUACGUUUCCAAGAACCAGAAGCAGACUCCGGUGCAGGGAGGCCAACAUCAAGGCCACAUCCAGCAGAGCAGUGACCAAAACCAGAGCCCGGUCCAGGGACUGCCAGGCCACAGUCCAGCCGCGCCGGCCACUGAGAGCACCGUGGUGUGCAAUAAUGUGGAAGCACUACAAACCACGACUGCAGGAGAAGGUGGGACUUUGCCAGCGAGGCAAGACUCCAUACCGCACCACAAAGAGUAUGACGAGGAGGAAUGGGACAGGGAGUGGGCAAACGUGGCCAAAUGUCUCAACUGUGUCAUUGCCAUGGUGGAUAAACUCCUGGACGAAGACAACAACAAGCAGGAGCCAGUCCCUGAGCAGCAUCUUGCUGAUGUCAUCACCUCACACAACCCCGGUGACUGGAGGGAGCAGCUGCGUCCUCUGGUGACCAGGUUAAAGGAGUGUGUGACGGAGGUGGUGGACAAGGCAAAGAGGGCCAUGACCUUUGUGCUCCUGCAGGAGGCAGCCUGCAGCAUCCCACAGGGCUUCCUCCUCCAGCAGAGGAGAGACGUGGUCUUCAGUCAGGCGCUGGCAGCUUUGGCAUGCGGUUUCGUCAUGAGGCUGUAUGCAGGAAUGCAGGACAAAGGCUUCCUGAGGCAGCUCCACCUAGUUGGCUUGGUAGCCCAGUUUGAGAGCCUGCUCAGCACCUACAGUGAAGAGAUUGGGAUGCUGGAGGACAUGGAGGUUGGAAUCUCAGAUCUGCAGAGAGUCACCUUCCAGAUUACAGAGGCUAAAACAGAUGACCUCAGUGACCUCCAGCCCUCAGUGUGUGGCCGAAGAGACCACUUCACUGUAGAAGUGCCAUUACCACGACUGGUUUUCCAGACCUUGCCAGAGGAGAUCAAGGAGGGCAAGCCUCUACGAGUAUUCCCAGUGCUGUUUAAUGUGGGCAUCAAUGAACAGCAAACUAUAGCAGAGAGGUUUGGCGAUAUCUCAUUACAAGAGAGAAUAAACCAGAAAAACUUUGAGAUGUUAGAAGCCUAUUACAAAUCAUUAAGUGAAAAGGUGCCACUAGAAUGUCUACCGUGUUAUCAGACACAGACUGACAUUAAGGAAUUACUUGAAACCCUGGGCCAGAAUGUAGUUACAAAGAAGAGAAAGAAUGUGGAGAUACUGUGGAUUGCUGGAACGAUCUGCCGAAGGUUAAAUGGCAUCAGGUUCACCAGCUGUAAAAGUGCCAAAGACCGGACAUCAAUGUCUGUCACAUUAGAGCAGUGUGCUCUCCUACGUGAUGAACACCAGCUCAGCAAGGAUUUCUUCAUCCGUGCUCUCGACUGUAUGCGAAGAGAAGGAUGUCGCAUUGAGAACGUCCAAAAGAAUAUUAGAUGCAGGAAGUAUGCCUUCAACAUGUUGCAGCUGAUGGCCUUUCCGAAGUGUUACCGACCACCGGAGGGGACGUAUGGGAAAGUUGACUCUUGAGGACAUGAACCAGGUGCUGAAAAACAGUGGUUUUAUUCACAGGAAGUCACAUGUAAGCUUAGAAACUAUAGUGAAAGUAUGAAAUGUUUCAACUUAAGUAGUCACAAUCAUUUGCUGGUUGUUUUAUGUUGCUGUUCAUUUAUUAGGUUUUCUUGUUGCUUUGCUUUGAGGGGGUGGGGGGUUAAGAUUGUUUCACCCCAUGCUGGAUUUGAUAAAAAACUAUUACAUGUAAAAUAAAUGCACUUUCGGUUUUUGCUUUGUUUAUUUACAUGACCUAUGCAGCAAUAUACGGAGCAACUAAAUAAGAGUUUGUUGAAAUUUUGUGAGUGGCUGUAAUAUAUGUUAGGGUAAUUAUGUGCUGGAACAACUCCCCUUUUGUAGAAUGACAUUUUUCAAAAACAUGUUUGAGUGUGCAUGACUGUGUAUGUAUACGUGACAACACUGUUUAACUUCAAGGUGCAGUAUUUUGGGCCUGGUGUUAAUACUUCUCUCCACAAUGAAAAGAAACGGUUUAUAACCUCAGUCAAUGUUUGCUGUUGUGAAUGUGUGUCCUGUGUGGCAAAGGUUCAUCUGUAUUCAGAUCAAAACUUCCCCCGAAUCCUUUUUAGACCUAGUCUCAUUUAUUAAGAGAGAGCUGUUUGACAGGGUGUUCAAAACAUGCCAAGAGUGCAUGAUCUGCAUCCUGAUUCAUUUUAACAACUUAUCCCAUUCUAAUUAAAGUAGCACUUGCCCCCUUUCCCAUAACAGUUUAGUAUUUCAAGGUACAGGUCAGUGAAACCACAGUGAUGUACAGGUGGAAUCCUAAAUUAGGAUGAGGAUUUUGGACCAUCAUUUUUAAUGCUGUAUAAGAAAAUUCAUUAUUUAUUUUUAUAUUCUAAAAUGAUUUUAUAUGCUAAGGUUUGAUACCUUGGACUUAAGUGCAUGUAUUGUUGUGUUACACAUUGAACAAAUAAAGUGAUCUAUAUGGAAUUGAAUAAAUGCCUGUUUUAAUGUGGA